AAGAACUGACAUAAUUGAUUUUAAUAUUAAUAUCAUUUUGAAAAACGGAUUGCAAGUGUUAAAGAGAAAGAAGUGGUUUUUGCUAAUCUUCAAAAAAAUGAAGUUUUCACUAUGUUUUUGUAUUAUAAUGGUUCUAAAAUUGACUGCAACAGCAAAGCAAGUAACUUCAUUUGUACAAGGAGCUGAAAAGUUUAGUGCUAAUUUAACAGCGUCUUAUUCAAAGCAAAGACCUGAUGGUAAUUUUCUGGUUUCUCCGGCAGGUAAUGUAAUGUCCAUGACAUAUCUCCAAUCCUUCUCUUCUUCUCCUGCAAUUUUCCAAAUUAUGGAAGCAUUUGGAUUAACUUUGGAUAGCCUUAAACGAUCCAAAUUUAAAUUAUUCACAGAUAAUUUAGUUGGUGAUAAGGAUGUCUCAAUUAGUGUUUCGACAGGAUUAUUUAUAAGUCCUGAUGUGAGAAUAUAUCGCCGUUUUGCUUGCGUAUCAAAAAUAUUUUUCAAAGCACAUAUUGAGAACGUUAAUUUCACCUAUCCGUCGGCAUCAAAAAUCAUAAAUUCUUGGAUAGAAAAUGACAAUGAUUAUAGAUUUAAAGGAGAUCUUAAAUUUGAUAUAGACAAUGCUAUUAGUUUGUUUCUUGCUAAUGUUGUUUACUUCAGAGGUAAUUGGCUUAAUAAGUUUCCAAUUGGAAACACGAUCAAUGAAAAAUUCACUACUAGCAAAAAAGAAUAUAAUGUACCAAUGAUGUAUCGAACCGGUUCUUUUUAUACUGGAUCAAUUCCUGGCGUAAAGGCGUCAUUCAUAGAACUUCCUUAUGAGAACAAGAAAUUUUCAAUGAUUAUAAUCCUUCCUGAUGAAAUAAACGGCCUCGAGGAAGUAGAAGAUAAAUUGUCAACAUUAAAUAUACAAAAACUUACAGAAAAUGGAGAAUCUAAACAUGUUAAAUUGAGUAUACCUAAAUUCAAAAUUAGAAAACUUACUGAAAUGUCGAGCACUUUGAAGUCGAUGGGUAUUUCUGAAAUUUUCGAUUAUAGACAAAAUUUUGUUCGCAUUUCAAAACAUGACUGUAAUGUGUCUAGAUAUUAUGACAUGUCUUUCAUUGAGGUCUAUGAAGAUGGCACUGAGUCAAGCAGUUACGAUGUGGAAGAAUCCGAUUAUGAGGGUGAUGAUGAUGAUGGUAUAAAUUCUUCUAAUGUGGCCUCUUUUGCAGUAAAUCAUCCUUUUCAUUUUAAAAUAAUUAAAAAUAUUAAUGAUUAUGAUAAUGUAAUUUUGUUUGCUGGCAGUGUAAGAGAAUUUUCUGCAAAAAUGAAGCCAUCAUUAUGUUUUUGUCUUCUAUUGAUCCUAAAGUUGACUGUAGCAGCGGAGAAUUUCCAUCCGUUUACUAAAGCUGCCGAAAACUUUAGUGCUAGAUUAACAAGGAUUAUUUCGAAAAACGAAACAGAAAACGUCGUCACCUGCCCAGUUGGUGAGGUAAUUGCUCUAUCUUUACUGGGCUCUUCCUCCUAUUUAACAGCUUUAACGGAAAUUAAAGAUGCAAUGGGCAUAACGCCCGAAGUUAAUACAAGAGAGGAAUUUCAAUUCUUUAUUGACAAUUUACAUGUCAAUACUAGCGUAACACUUAAAAUUUUGACUGGUCUAUUCAUAAAUUCAAAGGUUCCAAUAAUCAGUGAAUUUAAGAAUUUAUCGAUGGACUUUUUCAAAAUAAAAGUUGAUUCCAUUGAUUACUCCGAUGCAUAUGGUGCUGCAAUCAAAAUUAAUUCUUGGCUAGAAGAAGAGACAGAUUUCGAAAUUGAUAAUAUCCUUGAUUUUGAAAAAGUGAACGAGUCCACAAGUAUGAUUGUUACAAAUGUUGUCAACUUUAGAGGUAACUGGCUCAAUGGGUUUGAUACAGAUUCAACGGUAAUAAACACAUUUUCUACUAGUGAUGGUGAUAAACAAAAUGUACCAAUGAUGUAUACGAAUAAUUCUUUCAUAACUGGAUCAGUUUCCGAUUUAAAUGCUUCAUUUAUUGAACUCCCUUAUGAGGACACUCUAUUUUCAAUGAUUAUUAUCCUUCCUAAUGAAGUAAAUGGAUUGGAAGAAGUGGAAGAUAAAUUAGCGACAAUGACUAUUAAAGAACUUAGACAGAAUGGCAAAAAUGAAACUGUCAGAUUGAGUAUGCCAAGAUUCGAAAUUGAAACCGAAUUAGAAAUGACAAGCGCAUUAAAUAAGAUGGGUGUCAAUGCAAUAUUCACAGACUCAGAUUAUUUUGAUCGUAUUUCUAAGAACGCAACUCAUGUGAGUCAGUUUUUGCAAAAAUCUUGCAUUAACGUAAAUGAACAAGGGACAGUAGCAUCUGGAGUCGUUGGAUUCCAAAGCGCAUCCCUGGUAGUAGAUGGCACUAAUUAUUCUGAAGUUCCUACGUUUGUAGUCGAUCGGCCUUUCCAUUACAAAAUCAUUAAAAAUGUUAAUGAUGAUUCUGGCGAAAGUAUUGUUCUGUUUGCUGGUAAUGUUAAGAAAAUUGAAGAAAAUCCAUUUGCUAUAUUUGAAUAAUAAUUAUGU